UUCUCAUUCAGUUCAAUCGAUCGAUACCCAACGACUCAAAGCUGACCUGCAUUGAUUGAGUCACAAGCGAUCUUCUAACCCGUUCUAUUUCUCCUCUUUGGCUGGUGGGUAGUUUUCGAACUAGGCCAUGUUAUCCAAAUUAGCCAAGGUUCACCUCUGUGCCGGCAGAGGAGCUGUCAAGGCUGUUGCCAAUACUAAUCUGCAGAAUGCUGUUUUCGGAAUCAGACCAUUUUCUCAUGAAGUCGCAGGGAAGUGCGUGGAUCCUGCCCUUGGGUUAACUUCUGACCAAUUGGCAAUACAAGAAAUGGCAACUGACUUCUCUCGCAAUGAGCUGGACCCAGGGAGAAAUGACUGGGAUGAAAAAGAAAUAUUUCCGAAAGACGUAUUGAAGAAGUCAGCUGAACUAGGCUUUGGUGGUGUAUAUGUCAGUGCGGAAGGUGGUGGCUCGGGCCUUUCACGUGUUGAUGCUUCAGUGAUCUUCGAGGCUUUGUCCGCAGGCUGCACGAGCACAACAGCUUACCUGAGUAUUCACAAUAUGUGUGCUUGGAUGGUGGACACAUUUGGAGACCGCGAGCAGCAUGCUGGUUUGCUGAAAGACUUAGUGAGCAUGGACCGGUUUGCAUCGUAUUGCCUGACAGAACCCUGUGCUGGUAGUGAUGCGGCUGCACUGAAGACUACAGCUGUACGUAAAGGGGAUGAGUACGUACUGAAUGGAACAAAGGCAUUCAUUAGUGGUGGAGGUGACAGCGAUGUGUACUUAGUGAUGGUACGAACUGGCCAGCUCGAUGCCGGUGCUAAGGGUAUUACAUGCCUUGCUGUGGACAAGGGCUCGCCAGGCCUUAGCUUUGGCAAGAAGGAAAGAAAAGUGGGAUGGAACAGCCAGCCAACACGUGCAGUGAUAUUUGAAGACUGCCGGGUACCUGUCACGAACCGCAUCGGUGACGAAGGUCAAGGAUUUAGCAUUGCCAUGCGUGGAUUGAAUGGAGGUCGGCUCAACAUAGCAUCGUGCUCUCUCGGUGCAGCGCAGCGAUCACUGGAGCUGGCGCGGGAUCACGUGAAGAUACGCGAAGCGUUUGGCAAGCCCCUUAUUGAACUGCAAAACAUCCAGUUUGAAUUGGCGUCCAUGGCGACUGACCUGGUUGCUAGCCGAUUGUUGGUACGUCAGGCAGCACAUGGUCUCGACACGGAGCAAGCGUGUCAUGUGGCUCUCUGUUCUAUGGCUAAGCUCUUUGCCACUGAGAAGUGCUUCCAGAUCUGUGAUCGCUCACUACAGUUGUUUGGCGGAUAUGGCUAUCUACUAGAUUACCCUGUACAGCAGUUCAUGAGAGAUACACGCGUCCAUCGCAUACUCGAAGGCACCAACGAGAUCAUGAAGGUAAUUGUGGCAAGAGAUAUGAUGUAAACUGUUGCAAGUCCGGCAGUUUAGGGAAGUGGUAUAAAUCGUAUAAUAAUGUGCAGCCUAUUUGACGGUGAAGUGUUCCGAAUCAUUUCUUGUUGAGGGCUUUGCCUGGUAAUAUUGUUUUGUAAGAUUAUGGGUUAUGUUUGUGUGGUGUGUCUUGUACCCGUAUUGUACCCGUAGUGUACCCGUAUUGUACCCGUAUUGUACCCGUAUUGUAGUCAGGCUGAGUAUGUACUAUGUAUGUACUAUGUAUGUCCAGGAAUGGCGUUACUUGAUUUCCUGUUCUUCUUGUUUUCGGAUAUACCGGACAAGUGAAUGUUUUGUACUUUUGUAGACUUGUCUGUAUGUGUAUAUGUGCGCCAUGUUGUGUCGCUGAGCUUGGUACUGGCUACUGCAUUGCUGUCAUGUGUGCUCACUGAGAGGACGGUAAUCGGGUAUUCCCCCUCGCCAUGUGCACUUCUGUAAGAUUGUGUAUCCUUGUUGUUCAUUGUAGUAUUUGUUUCAUACACUCGGUAGUAGUAUACUGUAGCAGUGUAAGCAUCUCUUUACUCGUUUUUAACCUGUGCAUGUGAUCCUUUUUCAAUAAAAAAAUCAUCCGGUAUGAUUGUCAGUUCUAGUACUAAGUUACUUUGUCUACAAGUUAUGUGUUUCCAUGGUGACUAUGCAGUGUGAUGUAGACGAUGACUUACACUGUGACAAUGACGUAGAGUAGUACAUCUACACGUAGAGUAGUAUAUCUACACGUAGAGUAGCAUAUCUAAGUAGGUGCUGUCUACUCACUAUAGUCAUAGUGCAUAGUGUGUACAUAAUAUAAUUUUAUGGAAUAUUUACCAGUGUGUGAUUAACAUUAUUAUUUCACAGGCUGUACAGGCUGUGACCUGCAUGCACGUAUGUGUACAGACAAGCUAACCUGUUGAUUUACGUGUAGAUUCAUUUUUUGCUGCUGCUGCUGCUUUUGCGUUGCUGGUUGAAUUGAGUACUAGUAGCGACGAAUAUACUUUUGUUCUGAUCGGCAUUCCUGAUUUGCCAGGAGUUUUAUUACUUAGGUAUUUCCUUUCAGUUGAUUUAGUUAGUUUUCUUGAUUAUAGGCUAUGCCGUCUUCUAUUUUCUUAUUUUGAUUCUAUGAGCUA